CGGUUUUGGUCAUGAGUUCAAACCAUAUUUCACGUUCCUAUCCCCACGUUCGUUCCUAGCGGAUUUGGUGAAUUGGUGUCUUUGCAAUAGCUUCAUUAUAACCGCCGGCAAUAUGUCUGUCAAUAACUCUGCUCCGACCCUUCCACCUGAAGUCUUGAACCAUAAUGAGGGACCUUCACUCAUCAUAGUAAGCGCAGUCUCCAUACCCUUCGCCCUCGGCGUUGUGGCUAUUAGGGUAUGGGCUCGACAUCGAAAGCGGAUGGCACUUGAACGUGACGAUUUUAUGAUAUUGCUAUCACUACCGUUACUAUGGGCCACUGCCGGAGUUGCUAUUGCAUCUGUGACCUAUGGAGGAGUCGGAAAACCAUUGGCAGUCAACAUGAUGCAAGACCCGAAUCGUCUCGGAAGAGCUCAGCUGUGUCUAGUUUUAACCGAAUUCGUAUACGGCACAGUUCUCUGCACCAUAAAAGUCGGCAUCCUCCUAAUGUACUAUCGAAUCUUCCCGACAAAAUCCAUGCGAAUCGGUGGCUAUAUUCUCGGAGGAAUGACCUUUUCCUGGUGGAUAGGCAUCAUCUUUGCAUCCAUCUUCCAGUGCUCGCCCGUCGAUAAAGCUUGGAAGCCGUUUAUGAAAGAAGGUACUUGCCUGGAUAAGAAUCGCUUCUUCAUUGGGAACUCGAUCCCGAAUAUUGUUAUGGAUGCCAUGAUUAUUGCGCUGCCGGUUUUUGAGGUGUCAAAGGUCCAGGUGCCGAGGUCGCAAAAGAUUGCUAUCGCUGGAAUAUUUCUCCUCGGAGGAUUGAUCGUGAUCAUCAGUUGUAUUCGCUUGAAGUACAUCGUCAAUCUCCUGCAAGCCGGGCAAGAGGCAGACUUCACUAAACUCAUCUCGACCCCCUGGAUCUGGACAGUUAUCGAACCAUCAGUUGGACUUCUCUGCGCCUGUCUACCGACGAUGCAACCGCUCCUAUACGUCCUCUUCGGUCGCUUCAUUACGAAAACGACGCAAGAUCGCAGUAAAGAAGGAAUCAUCACCAUUGGUGGCAGCGGCCCCAAGUCAGCGGACAGACAAAAGGGUCCUGUCAAGGAUGGUCCAUUUCGCCGACUACAUGAUAAUGAUUCGGCCGAGGAACCUGUUUUGUGGCCAGAGACGUAUCAUAAUCAGCACAACACGGUAGUGGAGCACUCGAAGGCGGUUGCUGUGGAUGAGAUUCCGUUGGGUACGAUUGCGGUGAAGAAGGAUAUACGAUGGGAGGAAUCGUAAGAGGCCAAUUGCGUGUUGAGAAAGACUCUUACUAUACUGGGAGAAGUAGUUCGAUAAAUCAUGCUUUAGGAAAAAUGUGGGAGACAUAUUUGA